GCCACCCACGCCUUCUGCAAUGCACUUCACAAUAUAAUCAUUGUAAAAAUGUGUGGGUUUUUUUUUAAUCGCAAGAAAAUUAAUAUUCAAAUGAUCUGCAAAAACAUAGACCCCCGAGAUGCGGCGCGCCGGGCUGGGGUCGGUGGGGCGGGGCUUGUGGUCACGUGAGUGUCUAGGCCCGCCCCCCUCUGCAGCUGAAGACUUCCCCUCCCGCAGUGACAGAGCCUCUGGGUCUGUGAUCGCUACAGUUUCUGCACCUCGCGCCCCGGCAGUUGUCAACAUUGGAAGAAAGAAGUGUGAAAGAAGAAACAGAAAGAUAAAAGGCAGGAUAUCCACAGUAACUUGCAUGGAAGACUACAUGUUUGCGCAUGUCUGUUUAAGAUGAAUUGCAGAAAGAAUCACCAUGUUUAGUGGUUAUCUCAGAGUGGUUGGAUGGGCAUUUCAGGUAAAUUAACAUGAUGGAUUUCUCCAAGCUACCCAAAAUAGCUGAUGAAGAUAAAGAAAGCACAUUUGGUUAUGUGCAUGGGGUCUCAGGACCUGUGGUCACAGCCUGCAACAUGGCAGGGGCUGCCAUGUAUGAGCUGGUGAGAGUGGGCCACAGUGAGUUGGUUGGAGAGAUUAUCCGUUUGGAGGGUGACAUGGCUACCAUCCAGGUGUAUGAAGAAACUUCUGGUGUGUCUGUUGGAGAUCCUGUACUUCGCACUGGUAAACCCCUCUCCGUAGAACUUGGUCCUGGCAUUAUGGGAGCCAUUUUUGAUGGUAUUCAAAGACCUUUAUCGGAUAUCAGCAGUCAGACCCAAAGUAUCUACAUUCCUAGAGGAGUAAAUGUGUCUGCUCUUAGCAGAGAUAUCAAGUGGGAUUUUACACCUUGCAAAAGCCUACGGGUUGGUAGUCAUAUCACUGGUGGAGAUAUAUAUGGAACUGUCAUUGAGAACUCGCUCAUCAAACACAAAAUCAUGUUACCCCCACGAAACAGAGGAACUGUGACUUAUAUUGCACCACCUGGGAAUUAUGAUACCUCUGAUGUUGUCUUGGAGCUUGAAUUUGAAGGUGUAAAAGAGAAGUUCAGCAUGGUCCAAGUUUGGCCUGUACGUCAAGUUCGGCCUGUCACUGAGAAGCUACCAGCCAAUCAUCCUUUGUUGACUGGCCAGAGAGUCCUGGAUGCUCUUUUUCCAUGUGUACAGGGAGGAACAACUGCAAUCCCUGGGGCUUUUGGCUGUGGAAAGACUGUGAUCUCACAGUCUCUAUCCAAAUAUUCCAACAGUGAUGUGAUCAUCUAUGUAGGAUGUGGUGAAAGAGGAAAUGAGAUGUCUGAAGUCCUUCGGGACUUCCCAGAGCUUACAAUGGAAGUUGACGGUAAGGUAGAGUCAAUCAUGAAGAGAACAGCUUUGGUAGCCAAUACCUCCAAUAUGCCUGUUGCUGCAAGAGAAGCUUCUAUUUAUACUGGAAUUACACUGUCAGAAUAUUUCCGUGACAUGGGCUAUCAUGUCAGUAUGAUGGCUGAUUCUACCUCUAGAUGGGCUGAGGCCCUUAGAGAAAUCUCUGGUCGCUUAGCUGAGAUGCCUGCAGAUAGUGGAUAUCCUGCAUAUCUUGGUGCCCGCCUGGCCUCUUUCUAUGAGCGAGCAGGCAGAGUGAAAUGUCUUGGAAAUCCUGAAAGAGAAGGGAGUGUCAGCAUUGUAGGAGCAGUUUCUCCACCUGGUGGUGAUUUUUCUGACCCGGUUACAUCUGCCACUCUUGGUAUUGUUCAGGUGUUCUGGGGCUUAGAUAAGAAACUAGCUCAGCGUAAGCAUUUCCCCUCUGUCAACUGGCUUAUCAGCUACAGCAAGUACAUGCGUGCCUUGGAUGAGUACUAUGACAAACACUUCACAGAGUUUGUUCCUCUGAGGACUAAAGCCAAAGAGAUUUUGCAGGAAGAAGAAGACCUGGCAGAAAUUGUGCAGCUUGUGGGAAAAGCUUCACUAGCAGAAACAGAUAAAAUCACUCUGGAGGUUGCAAAACUUAUCAAGGAUGAUUUCCUACAACAAAAUGGAUAUACUCCUUAUGACAGGUUCUGCCCUUUCUACAAGACAGUAGGAAUGCUCUCCAACAUGAUUGCAUUUUAUGAUAUGGCCCGUAGAGCUGUUGAAACCACUGCCCAGAGUGACAAUAAAAUCACAUGGUCCAUUAUCCGUGAGCACAUGGGGGAAAUCCUCUAUAAACUUUCCUCCAUGAAAUUCAAGGAUCCAGUGAAAGAUGGUGAGGCUAAGAUCAAGGCCGACUACGCACAACUCCUUGAAGAUAUGCAGAAUGCAUUCCGUAGCCUUGAAGAUUAGAACUGUGAUUUCUUUCCUCCUUUUCCUGAGCAAAGUUCCUAUGUGUACAUUUUCCUAAAUUUCUCAUCUCAAACCCUUUGCUUCUUUAUUGUGCAGCUUUGAGAUUAGUGCCUAUGUGUGUUAUCAUUUGUUACCCUGUUUAUUUGACAAGUCUUAUAUAAAGCAAACAUUCCUUUGUACACGUGUUUGAAGGACCUCCCUAAUCCUUUAUCUGAAGUGGUGAAUGUAGUAAAUAUGAUAUGCAAUGGCUACACUACUGUAAACUUGUAUGUAUGGUGACAUCCCUCCUUGUCCUUGGUUUGCCCUUUCCUCAUCACCAUUAAAUUGUAAACAGGACUACUGCAUGUACUCUCUUUGCAAUGCAUUUGGAAUGGAAGGCCAGAUUUCCAUACAUUUUUGAUAGGUACUCUGUGAAAUGACUCAAUAUCUACAUGGUAAGGUUAUUUGUAGCUUAGCAUUUUGCUAAGUAACUAUUUCGUUUCUUUUUUAAACAUGAAUGUUUAUGUAUUACUCCCUCCAGUGUAAAUCAGGAAUAUUUAUGGGAAACUGUUGGGAACCUACUGUUUUCAAAACAGGCCUUUGUGGGACUCAGCAUGAUGUAUGACUCACUACCCUCUUAAAAAGUGAAAAAAGGAACCAGGCAGUCAAAUUUAGAUUGACAUCAUCGAAUUAAAGCAUGUUUUAUUUCACUAGGAAAAAUUCAGUAUCAAGGAAUGUUAUUCUGCCCCAUUACUUGGAAAUUCUUUUUUUUUUUUAAUUAUAUUUAAAACAAGCAUCAAGAACUUGAUCCAUAUCACACCCUCUUUCUUUUCCUCAAACAUCUUAGUAGCCUAAACUUCUCAGAAUCAUGUGGCAGUGGGAUGGGCAGUAAAAUGUCACCGAGAAGAUAUUUAGUAGUGGUUGAAGACUGUUGGCACCUUUAAGGAUAAGUUGGGCUGUAGUGAUUCUUAGGUCCAUAGUGGCAUUAUGUUUUUACAAGAUAAUGACAUGUGUCACAUCUUUGUAUGUUUCUUUGUCGAAUUUUUGACAAAAUUUUUAACUUUACCAGUUACAGAAAAUAGCACCUUCAUGUAGUUUUUGAUUCAUUGGCUCGAAAGAUUUCUCAGAAUAUCUAUAGCCUUAGCAACAUUACAGUUUCUAUUCUGUUUUCAAGGACGAAAUUAAAUCUUGCAUCUGCUAAUAACAGAAACUGGGGGAAAAGAUCAUUUCAUCCUUAAGUAUAUGUUUUAAAAUAAUUUCUGUGUUUGCGGAAGAAGGCACACUGCAGAACAACUCUGAGAGCAACAGUUUCCCAUUAACUCUUUCUAGACAAUAGUCUGGCACCAUUGCUCCCUCGUGGGGAAGAGGAAAGGAUAUAUGAACAUGUCUAAAGAUCUCAAAUACCCAAAUGUAAUAGCCUAAGUAGAGUAUUUAUUGUAUGCCUCAAAUAUGUUGUUAUUUAAAUUUUUAGGUAAUGUAUUUCUUUUGGUCUUUUAUGGUCAGUCAGUACUGUUAAAGUACUUUACCAUCUGUUAAAGAUGCAAUCAGUAGGGAAUUCAGCUACAGUUUGUUUAAACCCUUGCAGAUUGCAUGUUCUUUUUUUAACCUUUCAGAAUAUUGGAAGAAUUAUGCGAUGAUUUGUUGAGAUGUGGACUUAAUGGUGCUGCUUUAAUCAGUUUGCUUCCAGUGUGGCUUCCUACCCAGAAGCCCUAGGACCAGUGGAAAUUAAAAGAAUUUCAAAAGCUUUCUGUUCCUACCUGAAGACCCUACCAGCAAAGUAGGAUUGUGUUAGUAAUGAAUGAUAUGAUAAAGUUUGACCAAGUUUGUUUUUUGUUAUUUUGAAUUUUUAUUGUACAUUCUCACUCCUUUUUAAGAAUGUUGAUGUAUGGGUGUGAAGAUGCUAGAGAAACUAUGCUCAGAUAUUCAUCAUAAAUGUCCCUUUCACCUUUGUUUUGUAAAAUUUCAGACUGGUCGCUGAUCGUAUUUCUUUAGUGAGAAUGUGGUAAAAUUACAACAAUCUUUUAAAAAGAUGAUGCAGUUCUAUAUUUAUUGUGCUGUGCCUGGUCCUAAGUGGAGCCAGUUAAAUAAGUUUCAUAUGUAUUUUUCCAGUGUUAAAUCUCACACAUUGUACCCUUUGGAAAUUUCCUUCCAUCCUGAAGAAUGAAUAGUAGAGGCCAUAUAUAUUGCCUCAUAUCCUUGAGAUUUCACUAUCUUUAUGUUAAAAGUUGUGUAUAAUUGUUAAAAUCUAUGAAAGAAUAAAAAGUGGAUUUAAAUUAACAUUUUUCCUUUUUGUGUACCUGGAAAGAACUACUAGAAAACAUGCUGCUUUACAUUUUGACUUACUGUUUUCAGUAUGAACUUUUACAUUUAAAAAUUUUU